UUUUCGACUGAUUCGGCGUAUGCUGUGCAGUGUUUUAACGUGUAAAGUGUUGGCGCUUAUACGAGAAUUCAAAUGCAAGAAAAAGGGAAAGUUGACAUAGGAUUUGUAGAGGAGUGUGAAUCCUGGAGGUUGAAUAGUCGUUUUUUCCCAAGCAAAGUUGGUGGAAAACCUGCAUGGUUGGAUUUAAAAAAUAUACCGAGCAAAGAGACCCUGGAAUGCGAAAUAUGCAAAAAUCCGUGCAUAUUUUUAUGCCAAAUUUAUGCUCCGUACGAAGACGAUCCGAAUGCUUUUCAUAGAAUGAUUUACAUUUUUGUGUGCAAACGGAUCGAAUGUUGCAAAACCAACCAGGUGGGAAAUUUCAAAGUGGUACGGUCACAGUUAGCAAAAGAGAAUCAAUUUUAUCCAUCGGAACCACCUGAGGAAAAACCAGAUUGGAACACAGACCUUGGCACGUCGAUGUGGGCAAAACUUUGUCACGUAUGUGGAAUUUUAGCCCCUAGUCAUUGUUCGAAAUGUAAGAAAGUUCAUUAUUGUUGUCGUUUACAUCAAGUUAUGGAUUGGAAAAACGGUCAUAAGGAAUUAUGUGGAACGGAAAACUUGACACCGACCGACAAAUUUUUAUUUCCUGAAUACGAAUUAACGAUAGAAAUGGAAGAAAAGUCAGAUGAAGAAAUGGAAGUUGACAAUGUCAACGACGAGGCUCGUGAGAUCAAAAAAUAUAAGAAACUAGUAGCAGAUGGUAAAGCAGGAACUCUUCAGCACGAACCAGAUGUAGAUUCUGAUUUACAAAGAAUGAGUAAUAGCUUGGAAGAUGAAACCUUUUCGGAGUUCUGUGCUCGGCUUAAGCAGUAUCCAGAUCAGGUGCUGAGGUACGACAGGGGGGGCAAACCUUUGUACAUCUCUUCUGAACACCAACCUGAAAGGAUUCCACGUUGUAUCGAAUGUAAAGAAGAACGGCAAUUAGAAUUUCAGGUGAUGCCGCAAUUACUAAAUUAUCUUCAAUUUGAAGAUGUCUUCCAUAGUCUUGAUUGGGGAAUACUAGCAGUAUACACGUGUAAAAAGUCGUGUAUACCUAAAUCUGGCUAUGUAGAGGAAUACCUUUGGAAACAGGAUAUUGUACAUAAUGAAGAAAAUAAUGCAUCAGAAGACAACACAAGUUAAUAAAUAAAAAGUUAUUU